AUGAAUCAGUUCCAGUUUGGCGGCUCUGACGGGUCUGCGUCCGACUUAGACGAUGACCCCUCCGGCCUUCCCUUCCCUGAACCGCUGUCCCGCGUUUCGUUCCUGACCCCUGGCUUUGAUCCGUCCACUUUCCUCUCGUCCCUGACGAAUCGCCACCAGAGCCUCGAGGACCUGCGCCAGGAGCUGCGGAGUCUAGAGCAAGCUUUGAACAAAGAGCUAUUGGAUCUGGUUAAUGAGAAUUACCAGGAUUUCCUGUCACUUGGGACUGCGCUGCGCGGAGGCGAGGAGAAGGUUGAGGGUGUCAAAGUCGGGGUACUCUCCUUCCAGCGCGAUGUGCAAGCAAUUCGAGACAAAGUCGAAGCGCGCCGACAGGAAGUCGAAGAGUUGCUGAAUGAGAAGCGGCGAUUGCGGUCCACGGCCGACAUUGGCAAGGACCUGCUGGACUAUGCGGAACGGGUCGAGGAACUUGAACACCGAUUGAUGAUUGGCGACAAAGCGUCGGAAGAGAAUGCCCACUCCAGCGAGUCGGAUUCAGAGUCCGAUAUGUACAGCGAGGAGGACGAGAGCGACGACGAAGAGCUGGCAGAUGGCACACCCGCGAUGUCAUUAGCGAGACUCGAACGACAUGCCCAGAAAUUCGUCUACCUGACUUCGAUAGCUUCCCGGGUGGGUGACACCCACCCAUUCCUACUUGCGCAGCAGCCUCGAGUCUCGAAAAUCAAGUCGACGGUACUUCUGGAUCUUAAGACUGCUUUGGAACAGGCGACUGCGGGUGGGAAAGGCGGCAAACGGGAUGCUCGCACCAUGGCUGUUCUGCGGCUCUACGAUUUGAUGGGCGAGGAUGUCAGCGCUGUCGCUGCGUUGAAGAACCUCAAGCUGUAA